AUGUCCCAUGUUUCGGAGUUUCAAAGUAUCCUAGAGAAGGGUAUUGAAGCAGUUCUACCAGAUCGGUUGGUAAGGCAAUCGAUCAGUUUAAUUCCAGAUGGAAUUCAAGUCGAUGGUACUGCAUAUUCUGUCCCUGGGCAGCUAAAUAUAUUUGGAUUUGGAAAGGCUGCACUGAGUUUGGUAAAGGCAGCUUUGAAAAUCCUGGGUUCACGAGUGGAAAAUGUCGUUUGCUGCUCUCCUCAACCAACUGAACAUGAAAUAAAAGAAUAUCCUGAUCUUUGUGAUGCUAAUGAAAUUCUAACCAAUGAUGGCUCUAAACCAAAUGUGUUUAUCUUCAAUGGUCCUCGAACAAAUGAACCCAAUGCUGAGGUGGUUUUGGCCUCUUUAAAAAUGGCCAAAAUGGCCUCAAAUAUGAAGGCAGGUGACCUUCUUCUUGUUUGCAUUACUGGAGGCGGCUCUUCACUUUUGGCUCUACCGGCACCACUCGAGAAGGGCAAAUCAGCUCUUGAUGAAUCUGUCAACCGUCUGAGUCUUGAAGCUAUUGUUAAAACUACAAAGAUACUCUCACUGGAUGGAGCUUGUAUCCAAGAGGUUGGUAUAAAUUGCACUUUAUCUUGUUCCAAUUUAUAA